GCCAACAUGUGUGCAGGAGCAUAUAAAUAGCAGGACGACCCGCAGGACUCGCUCAUUCUGCUUGGAGAGCUUGGAGUAGAGGAGUGUGCCCAGCGCUCCAGCCGAGGCGCCUAAAAUUUGGCAACAACAAUCUUGAAUCGAGUCUGUUACUUUGCGCAGUCCGGAUUUACUACGCUGAUUUACUGCCCACUGUCAUGCUGAAGCCAGGAAGCUGAAGUUGAAAGGACCUCCAGGAUCUAGGAAAGAUGGAGACCACUACGGGCUACCAGGACAUUAGCGCCCUGGAAAAAUCGGUGGCCAAUGCCGGUUCGCAGCUCUAUACGAUGGCCCACAAGCUGCAUGCGGUGGAGCGCAGCCUCGAACAGACGACAAUGGAGCAGAUGGACGAGAUGGAGGUCCUCGAGCUGCUCGAGUCGAUGAGCGAGGUGACCAACGAGUAUCAGAAUCUGCGCAAGGACAUUCGCGAGGUGCAGCAGUUGCAGCGUGACGUCAGCAGCUCGAUACGCUACCAAAUGCGCAGCAUGCAGCAGACAUUUCACACGCUGAAGCAGCGGAUAGCCAGCUCCCAGAAGGGUCGCAAGAAGCCAGAGAAGCCGGAGCAGGUUGGGUCAUGAAUAAUGCAUGAGCCUUAUUGAUUGGCCUCUCGGAAAAACAGCGCCUAACAAGGAGCGGAAAAUGUGUCAAAAGGGGGGUAAAGUAGGUACUACACAGAGAAAAAAAAAAGACCAAAAAUAGUCAUCAAUCGGGUAUUUUUUUUAUAUCAAUUUCGGUCCGUUCUGUGUUCA